UAAAGAGCUAAGUUGGAAGAGGAAGUUGUCGGAUGAGUUGCGAAUGCUCUGGAUUUGUAAGCUACAACUCGCCGUAUUUUCGAGAAAAAACUUCUUUUUUUUAUGUUGUAUACUAGUGAUUGCAUAGAUUAUAUAUAGCUCGCCUUAGAUCAAAAUGGGAGAGCCGCAAGGCAGUACACCCAUGCAGGCUUUCGAUAAGGACGCGUUGGAACUGACCGUUGAAGAUGUUUACGACAUUUCUUACGUGAUCGGUAGAGAUUUGUUAAAAGUCAACACAGGUGGUCGGGAAUUCUCGGACUUACAGUUCAAAAUUGUUCGUGUGCUGGAGAUGUUUGAAACCAUGGUGAACAAAUACAACCUGUCCUUGGAGGAGCUCAGGAUGGAACGGGAAAAUAUGAAGCGUGAACUGGAUAGAGUUGUUGCAGAAGGUUCAAGUAGUAAUAUUAACAAUCAGGGCACUGGGCCAAGAAUGCUAGUUGUGGACUUAAAGGACCCCAACCGACCACGAUUCACUAUGCAGGAGUUAAAAGAGGUCCUGCAGGAGAGAAACCAACUCAAAGCACAGCUGUUGGUUGCCCAGGAGGAACUGCAGCUCUACAAGAGUGGGGUCCUGGGGUCAGAACAGAACAUGGUGGAAAUAAACCCAGAGACACCUUCUCCAUCAGAACCCCCACCAAAUAUUACCAUAGAGGAAAACAAAGAAAAGACCACCAUUCAGAAACUGUUCUCAUUUCGACAAAAAUAACCUUAAAAUCAACAAACCUUCAGAAGAAUUCAACAAACUAAUAACCUACAGAACUUCAGUGAUCUUCCUUGGCUUCUUAUAUGAUCAAAAAGCCAUUCCAUUAUUUACUAUCAGACCAAUAUGUGUGAAACCAGAUAAGCACCUUCCUACCAACUGUGGAAACAAGAGGUCUUUUCACAACAUUACUGCCAGAAGGCUUGAAAUCUCCAACUACUUCUGGCUUCUUUUAAGUACAAAGUAAUUUUUUUUAACUCAAGUUUGUGGUUUUUAAAUUUAUGUUCUCACUGAAAGCAAAGAUGAACAUUAAUUAAAUGAGGUUAAUGGUAGAAUGCCCCUCUAAAUCAGUGGUUCUCACAUGUGUUCCUGGAUGCCCUCGAACACUACACGUUUUGGAUAUCUCAAACAUCUGAUUCAAUUCAUCAGCUCGUUAGUGGAGACUCCAAGACCUGAAUUGCGUGUGUCAGAAAAAGGAGAUCAAGGAACAGAAUUGAGAACCACUGCUCUAAAACAUCUUCGUAGCCCAACAUGCACACAGUUUGAAAAUAGUUUUAAAACAUCUAUUUUUAUCACCAUCCUUUCAUAAACCAGCUGUCUUUGACCAUUUUAUUACAUUACAAUAGAUGGCUUAUGAUUAUGAAGUCAGGUGGGUUAGGUUUAGACAGCUUUUGACAAGCUUUUGGAAAUUCAAGUGAUUUUUUUUAUAUAUCACCACAUUCAUAAUGUUAAUCAGCAUAGGAUUGAACAUUGCAUUUUUUUUAGAAGGUACUUCAUAAUAUGUACAACAGUAUUUUAGUUGAAGGUUGCCAUACAGAUGAUUUAUAAUGUAAUGAAUCUCUUUAAGGUAUAUAGUCACAAGGGUGUUAUGUGGAAUGUGUCUUUAAUCAAGUAAUAAUUCAUGUCCAAAUGAUAGAAACAGGCUAAGAAAUUGUAAAAUUUCAUCUGAAUUUGGUUUUGUCUACUGAAAGAGAUUCAAACAAUGUAUACUCUAUUUCUUUAAAUUAUUUAUUAAAACAUGUUUAUAUACCAUGUUUAUAUUGUGUGCUUGUGAACCAUGUAAUUUAAAU